GUAGACACUGAUAGAAAGUAAACAAGGAUGUGAUUAUGAAGUUAAUCGUUAAUAAUGAAGUGUUUAUUAGUUGUAAAUCGAAUGAACGAUGUUCGGUUCCUUGAUUUUGAUGACGAUUUUGCUGAAUACAUAAAUAAUCAAGCAAUUGAAAUAGGUUUAUUACAGGCAGAAGAAUGUGGGCUAGAUGCGUAUUAUGUGGAUCCAAAUAUUAUCAUGCAGAUAUUCUCUCCUUUAGUUUUAUCACAGUGGUUCCUUAUAGAACAAACUAAAAAUCCCUGUUCUUCGGUCACCUGUGAAAAUGGCUUCCUAUUUGUCUUUAAGCAUAUGGAUGAUCUAUUGUUGAUUGCUAUAAAUGGAGAUGGGACUGAAACAGAAGAAUUUCUUUUAAAAAAGAUUCAGAUGUUUUUACGUCUGAUUGGGUUUUUAUUUGGUCCAGCAACAGAUGAAAUAGGGCGAUAUGAAGAUAAGAGAGAAAGAUGGAAUUUUUUACGACGUUUAUUAGAGACAUGGAUGAAGUUAUGUUGUGAUGAACAAGCUUUUCUUGUUGAGGCAGUUGAAAGAUUACAUGUAAAUCAGACUUUAAAUGAGAAAUGUAUAGAAUUAUUAGAAGAAGGUGUAAAGAAGAUACAGAGUGUACCAGCUCAUCAUGCCUUAUUACUGGUUAAUAAUAAACUACUAGCUCUCUAUUCAAAUUGGAAUGCGAAUGAACUACAGCCAGCUGAUAUAUUGUGCAUUCUUCUAUUAGCAAAAGAUGUCUUCCCUUCCAAAGAGAAACUGGAAGACCUGUUCUCACGUUCCUAUUGCAUGGCUUCUCAUGAGACUGGACGUACUAGUCAAUUUGUUCCUUCCACUGCCAGAAUAUCCAGCUACCUUGGUGAUGAUAGUGAUGCAGAUGAUGAUUUGUAUCUCAGUGCUCAAACUACACCUCGAACAACACCUACCCCAGAUAAUAGUUCAAGAUCUUCAGAAAAAGACAGUGGGAGUUUAGGAAAUGAUGACGAUGAGCUAACACCAGAGGGAGCAGUAUUAUUGGAUAUACCGAGUCCUUCCCCCUACCCAGAGGUUUCACCACAUGUAGCUUGUGAAAGAGAAGUUUUCUUUACUCCUCACGAUGAUGUUAAACUAGAUUCAUUAUAUAAGACAUAUAGCACGCCUAGAGAAAGCAAUAGUUUACCACCAGAAAUGUUUCACGAGAUACGUCCCCAGAGUUCCACAGUUGCUUCUUAUGAUGCUUCUGUUGUAAAUACCCGACCACAUAGACCCGAGCAUGUCCCGGAAUACUGGCGUCAGAUGAUAUUUUUACAGACACGUGUUUGUGGAUAUUCCCCGCAUCAACUACACUGUACACAAGUUUUACCUGGUAUCGUUCUAAUAUUAGUUACAGAGGGUUCUAAAGGUAAUGUUGCAGGUCAUCUAUGUCAGGUGUUUAUUAUUAUAAAAGAUUUAUUGGCAGGUAAACGAGAUAAAUUAAAUCGUGUACAGGGACAGAAUCUAUAUGAUGUCAUGAAUUCUUUAUUAUCAAAAAUACAAGGCCUUCUUAAGAAGGUCAAGGGUCAAUCACAACGAAUAUUAAAUGAUAUCAAGAAGAGAUGGGAAGGUGAAGAAUUACGUACUGGUUUAUUGGCGUAUCUAGAGUCAGAAAUAGGAACAGAUAUGGCUCCAACCAUAGAAACAGCUUUAUCCGAUUUGUUCCGUAAAUUAAAGGAAUUAUUUUCGCUGUUAUAUUUAUCACCUAAAGCCGUGAAUGAAUCCGUCAAAGAAAUAAUGCUACAAUUACAAAAGAAAUUAAAAGCAGAAUUAGCAGAUUAUAGAGAUUUUUUAACUGUUAAAGCACAGAGAAACAUUCCUAUGACAUCAUAUAUCUAUGAGUUUCCAGGACUGGUUCAUUUUAUCUACAUAGAUAGACAAUCACAUCAACUAACAGCACCCUCUCUAAAUGUAACUACAGAUGGCGAAUUAGACCCAAAGCAAUAUCUAAAAGAAAUGGUGUGGAGUAAAUAUCAAUAUGCUAUGGUCAGAUUAAGUGAAGGCUAUGUAACAACAAUUAUUCAAGAUGGUGAUUUCUAUUUUUCUUAUUUCCUGUGGUUUGAAGACAACAGGGGAUCUCCAUUAGCUGUAGCUGAACCGUUUCGACCAACAACUGACCUACCGUUACCAGGUCUACUCACUGGACCUUUUUAUAAACUUUUAAUAAAACAGUGUUUUCCUAACUAUGUACCAGGAUCAGUGAGAUGUUUUGAAUUAUUUAUGAUGCACCUGGGAUUGGUACAACCACAAUAUAUAGCCUCACAUUGUCAACAAUUAGCUAAAAAACUCUGGGAUAUGUCUCUUAUAGAGAUAUAAAACUCUUAUACCAUAAUCUGCUUCAACUUCUGAAUUCUAAGUCCAAACUAUUGCUUAAAGUAGUUACAAGUGUUGUGCAUUAGACAGUGUAGAUUUUGAUAUUUUUAUACUAAACUGUACAUAAUCAUUGUUAUAUAUAUAUGAAUGGAAGAAUGUUUUGUUAUAAGAUUUAACAGUAUGAUAAUUGUAUCAGGGGCCUGUUUCACGAAAUUUUAACUAAGAUAAAAAUCCAAAUUUUAGUAAUUUGAUUGGAUAAUAUUAGAUUGAUUUUAGUGCUUAGCCAAUCCAAAUUAAGUAUCUACUAAAAUUUGGAUUUUAUCUUUAGUUAAGAUUUCGAGAAACAGGGCCCAGAUUAUUAUGAAUGAAAUGCCUGUCUUAAUUGGCCAUGUUAUCAGAGGCAUGUGUAGAGCUAUAUUAAAGAUGCAUUAUAUGAGAUUAGAUAAAGAGUUGACAUUCCUCGCUAUAAUAGUUAAAAAUUAGAUAAGGUAAAUAGAAUAUACUGAAAAGUUCAGUCAAAUUGUUCCACCCUGAACCACGAUAUUAGCUUUUGAAUCUUAGGCUGGCCUCGAUCAUCAUUACUAAAGUCGGUACAAUAAAAAACAAAGUCUCAAUUAUCCAUUUUUAUGUUUAAUUAUUUUUCAAAAAGUGUAUUACAAUCCGCUAAAUAUCGCAGGCUAGCGAUGGCAUCGAGAGUUGAUUAUGGUCUGGAUAAGUUAAUUAAUGUCUAAUUGAUAAUUUAGAUAACGUUUCCUGCCUAAAGAUAGUCCUGCAAUAGGCAGAUUUAGCUCUUGCAUAAUGUAUGUUUAUAUCUGUACGAUAAUUGUAUCAGAAUGUUAUGAAUGAAAUGCCUUGAGCUACAUUAAUGUUUUGUUAUAUGAUUUAUCUCUAUGAUAAUUGUUAAUGAUUGAAAUAAAUAUUUCUGUUGCUUAU